GAGAAAUAUAAACAAUGUACUCUUUUUUUCUACAGACAUUGUUGAUAUGUGUGUUUUCAAAAAUAGUUAAAGCAAGCUUAAGUGAGAAUGAUACGCGAAAUUUAUAUACGGAUGAACAACACCGGAAGGAUUCAUUUUCGAAUCCAAGUUCCAAUGAAAGAUAUUAUAUUUCGAAUCAAGACAACAAAACAAAAUAUAUUUAUCCAAAUCGACAUAAAAAUAUGUAUAUACAUCAUAGAAAACAGCUUCCAAUUGGAUAUGAUGAGCGAGUUUUUAAGGAUCGAAAUUUAGCACCCUUCAUUAAAAAGAGGUACCCUACAAAUAGGUAUCCACGGAAUCUUCAGCGAAAUCUUUCGCAGGGACUUACAUUUUCUGUUCCUGUUCCUGUUCCAUCAUCCAAUGAGGGUCUUGACGAUUUAAAAUAUCCAUCACAAUUAGAAGCUAGUCACGAUUCACCCAAAUAUAAUAGCAUCUUUCAUCCAGGAAAAUAUGCAAAUAAUAAUGCCGUGUAUAGGCAUGAUGGAGAGCCACAAGGAUAUGAAAAUAUAAUUUCAGAAAAGAAUUUACAAGACUCUAAAACAAAAUUCCAAAAUUAUCGAGCACCGCAACCGCAGAAUGUGCACUCGUUCCAAAACCCGGACAAGCCCAAAUCUCAUUUUAAUAAAGAAGAAGUGCAGAUCAUGAAAGAUUUAUAUACGGACCUGCAGCCAAAAUAUCGAUCUGGAUCUGAGCAGGAUAAGGCAGGACCAAAAAAUAUUCCCGAAAAAGCAUCAAAACUGAUUCUCCAGUGGGCGGAAAAUCAGCGCAAUUUUUUAGAUUCCUUCGUGAAGGCGAUCACCGAAGUAUUGAAAGACCAUGAUUCUAGUCUGAAUACAGAAAGAAGUAUCCCUCCUCGCGACAUUAUGCUUGUAAAGGAUAUGCUUAUGCAGUUAUUUGAAUCAAUAACACUUCUGAGAGAAGGUAGCACCAGCACACGUAUCAGAACAGUAUUGAGUCAGUGGAUAGAGACCCAAAAAUCACUAAUUGAUUCCUUUUCCCAAGCUUUUCAAAAUACAAAUCAAAAUGUGGACAACAGUGCCAGUGUAAAUGAGGUCACGGAUAAUUUGAUUAAAAACCUUAGGGAACUGACGAUUCUAUUACGCGAUAGAGAAAAUUUCACAGCAACAGAGAUAAGUAGUUCCCAGCCAACUACUAAAACUUAUCUAACAUCAACCACUUCUGGAACAACACAUCCCCCUGUUGACGAUAGUACCAAUCGAAUUAACAUUAUAGAGAAUUUGAUUGAGGGACUAAGGCAAAUGAUUUUUCAAAUAAAUGAUAAAGACAAAAAUUCAAAUACUACUUAUAGCACAACAGAAAGCACUUAUACUCAUCCGACUAUAACCUCUUAUUCGACAACGGAGGGCACUACCUCCCAUCCAAUUACCAACACCUAUAAAGUCGCAAAUCGAAUAAUCGACGAAACUGACAGUAAAAUUAAAGAUAUAUUUAAUUUGAUUAAAGUGUUAGAAGUGCUGAUCAGUCAACUGAAUAAGAAACCAAACAUUACAAAAACCAUCACAAAACAUUUAACUGGAGAGAGCACAAGCUCCCAGACAACUACUACCACUUAUUCCUCAACAGAGAGUACACCCCAUCCAAUUACAACCACUAAGCCGAAAACAAUGACUACUUAUUCCCAACCAACUACAUUCAAUCCUUUUCCAAGAAAGAGUACGCCUUCCCAACCAACAACAAACAACUAUCAAGUCAAAAAUCAUAAUAUUGGACAUAAAUUUAGGAUUAUGGAAAAUUUGAUCAAAGAACUUAAUGGGCUGAUCAAUCAAUUAAGUGGCAAAACCAAUAUUUCGAGUACCACUCAUUUGACAGGAGACAGUAUGAGGUCCCAGCCAAACGAUACGACUUAUUCCCCAACAGAAAGACCUUCUCAUUCAGUUACACCAAACAAGUCGACCACAUCGACGACUAUCUCCCAAUCAACUAUUUCAAACCAUUCGUCAACGGAAAGCUCCAGUUCCCAGCAUAAUACUACUCUUUCUACGGCAGGAAUCAUUACCGAUAUAACUACAAGCACAAAUGACUUUCAAAACCAGAUUAAUGUUAAUGGAACUAAAAUUCUGAAAAAUUUAAUAAGGAGACUCUCAGACCUGGUCGAUUUAUUAAAUGACAAGAAUGAUAUAAAAAAUACACCCCAUUUAACUACAGGGAGCACAUUUUAUGAUUCAAAUAAAACCACCAAUUCAACAACAACAACCACUAAUGCCCCAUUAACUUAUUCAACAACAGAGAGUACUGCUGUCCAUUCAAAUACUACAGAAAUAACAGAUACAACAAUGUCAACUACAGAAAACACUUCUCAUUUCACAGCAACCACCAAUUCAUCAAUUAUGAUCGCUGAUUCCGAAUCUACUACUCCUUACCGUUCAACAACAGAAAUUUCGUCUUCCAAAUUUAACGAUGGUGAAAAUACAAACUGGAGUACAAAGUUCACUGCAGAGAGGAUUACGACUUAUCCAAUUAUAUUCAACAAUCCAACAACAAUGACCACUAAUAUCCAUUCUACUACUUUUAACCUUUCAAUAACAGAGGACACAGCCUCCCAUCUUCACCCUUCAACAACACUAUCAACAACAGAAGGUUCUACGACAUCUGGGUUGACCAUAUCUCACUCAACUACCAAUAGUCCAACAAUACAUAAAGGCAAAAUUAAAAACAUUGUCGAACUUUUAAAAAAAUUACGCAAGAUUCUGAAAAAUGUAGCCGACAAGUCGGAGGGAAAACUUUCGCCAAAGCUUAUAUCGACAGUAAAAGAGGUAUUAAAGCAAAUCGUCGCGGGCAAUAUUGAUUCAGUAAACGGCGAUUCAGCUGAGUUGGAAAUACUUCUUUCCACAACAGUCAAGCCCAAUGAAGAUAUUACUGAGCUAACGAUGGAAAAAUUGUUGGAGCUAUUAGAUAAUUUUGAAAGGAUGUACAACUUAUUGGUGGAUGGUAGUAUUCAGAGUACUACACAAUCUACAACACAGAACACAAUUUUUUCAACGAAACGCACUACAAUUUUUUCUACAACACAAAGUCCAACAACCACGUCACCAACACAGAAUACCACUACUGCCCUAACGACAUACACCCCAAAUACUUCAGUAACAGCACGUUCUGCUACCCCUUCCUCAGUAAAUAAUUUGGGGAGUGAUGUAUCAAAUAGUCUCCAGCCAAUUGUAGACGCAAUUCAGCAAUUAAAGAUGGCUUUAUAUCAUGAUUUCUAUGCCUUUAAAAAAUCUCAAGAGGAAAGAAUGGAAAAAAUUCUUAAACUUCUAAGUGGCAAACCAUUAGAUCGGCGAACCAAAACUAUUGCUAAGCCUAGAACCAUACGAAACAAAGGAAACCGGAAAAUACAACUAGGAUAUGGCGCAAUAAAUGAAGAGAAAAUGCACCACAACGCAGUAAAAUUUAACAAUCGGGAAAAAGAAAAUCUAGGUCAUACGAAAGGUAUCCCUAAAAAUUCCGCAAGUCCAAAAAUAAAAAAGUUCCCACUUAAACUAUCUGCAAUUAAUGUAAAUGGAGGAUCAAUACAUUUCCUUACCAAACGUAGAACUAAUAAAAAAAGUCGCGGAAUGCAUCAGAUUACACCUUUAUCAACAUUGCCACACAAAGAAACAUAUUCGAAAAGAACAUCUUUUGAACCAGAAACGAACACUAUCGAAUCUUAUAAAUUGCCAAUUCUCGACUUUUUUCUGUAAUUGAAUGAG